AUGCGACUCAUUUCUCUGCAACACAAUAGCGGCAUUAUGCGACCUCUCAGCUCUAGUGUGAUCAUAGCUUUAUGCUCUCUUGUCAUACUGCUGCCCUCUUCAGUUUCGGCUCGCAUGGCUUUUGAAAAGCUAACAGAUUUCGAUUUCGCCGGCACCACUUAUUACAGUGUGAAAAAUCUCUCCCUAUACGAAUGUCAAGGCUGGUGUCGUGAGGAAGCCGACUGCCAAGCAGCUGCCUUUAGUUUUGUAGUCAAUCCUCUCUCACCCUCUCAGGAAACCCACUGCCAGCUGCAAAAUGAUUCGUCGGCCCACAAUCCCUCGGCCGCUCCUCAGCGAUCGGCCAAUAUGUAUUACAUGGUUAAGCUGCAAUUGCGCAGUGAGAAUGUCUGCCAUAGACCCUGGUCCUUCGAGCGUGUGCCCAAUAAAGUCAUCAGAGGCAAUGACAAUGCUCUCAUCUAUACCAGCACCAAAGAAGCCUGUCUGUCGGCCUGCCUAAAUGAGAAAAGAUUUGUGUGUCGCUCCGUGGAAUAUGACUACAAUAGCAUGAAAUGUGUUUUGUCUGACACGGAUAGACGUAGUGGUGGCCAGUUUGUGCAAUUAGUAGAUGCCCAGGGUACCGAUUACUUUGAAAAUCUCUGCCUAAAGCCCCAACAGGCCUGUAAAACCACCCGCACUUUUGCCAAUGCCCGCGUUGGAGUCUCCGAGGAAAAGGUAGCCCAAUAUGUUGGCCUGCACUAUUACACCGACAAGGAAUUGCAAGUUACCUCCGAGUCUGCCUGCCGUUUAGCCUGUGAAAUCGAAUCGGAAUUCUUGUGCCGUUCCUUCUUGUAUUUGGGCCAGCCCCAGGGAGCCCAAUACAACUGCCGUUUGUAUCAUUUGGAUCACAAGACUCUGCCCGAUGGCCCCUCCACUUAUCUCAAUCAUGAACGUCCUUUAAUCGAUCAUGGCGAACCUAUUGGUCAAUAUUUUGAAAAUGUCUGCGAUAAGUCGGCUGCAACUACUAACUCAGCUGUAAGCGGUCCCUUAAGUGGUGGUCCCUCGUCUGUGGAUACGUUGCCGGUAACCUUUGAUACCACCGAAGAUCCCAACUUGAAUAUAACACGUAAUGAUGUGAAUUGUGAUAAGACUGGUACUUGUUAUGAUGUUUCCGUGCACUGCAAAGACACCCGCAUUGCCGUACAAGUACGCACCAACAAACCCUUCAAUGGCCGCAUCUAUGCUUUGGGACGCUCUGAAACCUGUAAUAUUGAUGUCAUCAACUCUGAUUCCUUCCGUUUGGAUUUGACCAUGGCUGGCCAGGAUUGUAAUACACAAAGUGUGACCGGUGUCUACUCCAAUACCGUGGUAUUGCAACAUCACAGCGUGGUCAUGACCAAGGCCGAUAAAAUCUACAAAGUCAAGUGUACUUAUGACAUGAGCUCCAAGAACAUUACCUUCGGCAUGAUGCCCAUACGUGAUCCUGAAAUGAUUCACAUCAACUCAUCGCCCGAGGCUCCACCACCAAGAAUUCGCAUUUUGGAUACACGUCAACGUGAGGUCGAAACUGUGCGUAUUGGUGAUCGUUUGAACUUCCGCAUUGAGAUUCCAGAAGAUACUCCCUAUGGCAUUUUUGCUCGCUCUUGUGUGGCCAUGGCCAAGGAUGCCCGCACCAGUUUCAAGAUCAUCGAUGAUGAUGGCUGUCCCACCGAUCCCACCAUUUUCCCUGGCUUCACCGCCGAUGGCAAUGCUCUACAAUCCACCUAUGAAGCUUUCCGUUUUACCGAAAGCUAUGGCGUUAUCUUCCAAUGUAAUGUUAAGUAUUGUUUGGGUCCUUGUGAGCCUGCCGUCUGCGAAUGGAAUAUGGAAUCGUUUGAGUCAUUGGGCAGAAGACGUCGUCGUUCAGUGGAAAGCAAUGAUACCAAGGAAGCCGAUGAGGACAUGAAUAUUUCCCAAGAGAUUUUGGUUUUGGACUUUGGUGAUGAGAAACGUGAAUUCUUCAAAUCAGAUCCCAGCACAGAUUUUGCUAAAGAUAAGACUGUCACCAUUAUUGAGCCUUGUCCCACCAAGACCUCCGUCUUGGCUUUGGCUGUCACCUGUGCUUUGAUGAUUCUAUUGUACAUUUCCACCUUGUUUGUGUACUAUAUGAAAAAAUGGAUGCAACCCCAUAAAAUUGUAGCAUAAGUAUUUACUCGUAAAUUUAGUUAAAAACAAAAAACACAUUUUAACAUUUAAAAAAAAAAACAAAACAAUAUUAGUUAUCUUCCUAUUACUAAAAAAAAUACUACCUUAAAAAACUAUUUAACAAGAUAAAAGCUAAAUGGACAAUAGAUUAUAAGCUUUUUUUGCCAGGCAAAAUCUACAAAAACAAACAAGGCAAUUAGUAAUUUUAAAUAAUUAAAAUUUAAGUUUUUUUUGUAAUACUACAAUACUAUUUAAAACUUAAGCCUUAACGAACACAGAGAUCAAAAGCUUUAAAGUCUUUACAAUAUAUAAAAAAAAAUACUUUAAAGCUUUUUAAUGAUUUAAACAAAGCUUUCUAAAGCUUUUUGUUUAAACGGUUUAAAAGUCAUUAAG